GGUCCUUGCUCUUAUCCUAUCCUUCGUUUCGCUUCUUCUUCUUUCCCCCAUCUCUCUCUCUCUCUCUCUCUCUCUCUCAAGUUGUUGAGUUCCUGUCCCUGUUCUUGGACGGACACAUAUCCAAUCCACCCGAGAUUUGCUCAAUCGCUCUGAGCGCACACUGGCACCGCCCGGGCCGUCUGAUCUCGAGGUGCAGGCGACAUGUCGACGGCGGUGGCGGAGGUGCGGCCGGCCUACGGGUUCCCCGGAUCCGGGAAGAGGAGCGCCGGCGAGCAGGCGGCCGUGCUGGCGGCUGGGAAGAGGACGAGCGACGGGUUCUUCAUAGAGGACGACGAGGCGGAGGAGGUGCUGACCGAUACCUCGUCGAUCGGGGCGCCGUCGCCGUCGGGCUCCUCGAUCGGGGAGAACUCCUCGUCGGAGGCCGGCGGAGAGGACGGGGAGGAGGAGGAGGUCGAGAGCAAGCUCAAGGAGGGUGAUGCGCUCGGCUGCUUGGACGCCCUCGAGGACUCCUUGCCCAUCAAGAAGGGUCUCUCCAGCUUCUACUCCGGCAAGUCCAAGUCGUUCACCAGCCUCGCCGAGGCCACGUCGACGGUGGCGGCGGCCAAGGAGCUGGCCAAGCCAGAGAACCCCUUCAACAAGCGCCGCCGCAUCCUGGCCAACUGGUCCCGGCGAGCCUCCUGCAGCUCGCUCGCCACCGCCACCUACCUGCCCCCUCUCCUGGCCCCGGACCACGCCGUCGCCGAGGGGGACGAGGGCGAAGAGGACGACUCCGACGACGACGAGGAGGAAUGCGACCAGCUGCCGCACCGCGGCAAGAACGUCCGGGACGCGCCGGCAUUGCCGUUGCCUCCCCCUAGGCUCCUCGGUGUUGGCAUGCAAAGAAGGAAUGGCCUUGGGAGCUUCAGAUCUCCUAGGUCCUUCUCACUGUCCGAUCUGCAAAAUAGCAGGACUGAUGGUAGUGAUUAGCAGCUGCAAAUUUGCUUCCAGCUUUGGCCCCUCUUUGGCCAGUAGAGAUGUAGUAGCCACGCUUACUAUAUAAUUCCAGUGUAUAAGAUCCAAGUCUGUUGUGUUCAUCCUGGCUUUCUUUGACCUCAGGAAUUGUGUAUGAACUGACCUAACCUGGUAUCAUUAACUAAUGAUGAUCGUGGUGGUUUGCUGCCUUUGAUCCAUUUGAUUAA